GGAAUGAGUUGCCAACCUUUUACUCCAGCUGAUACAUUUGUUCCUCUGAAUUCGGACCCUUCUGCCGCUCUGCCUUUGAUAAUGCAUCACAGUGCAGCUGAAUGCCUGCCAGUCUCCAACCCCACCACCAAUGUGGUUUCUACUGUCUCAUCUGUUUUGCCUUUGGUCCAAACAAAAUGUUCACAUUUGCACUUCUCCUUGGCAACUCUGGGAAACGCAAAAGGACUUCACUAUUCUGUUCCUUCUUGUCAUUAUGGAAACCAGCAAUCGACCUAUGGGGUGAUGACAGGCACCUUAACCCCCUGUCUUUAUAAGUUUCCUGACCAUGCCCUGGGUCACAGCUUUCCUCCCAUGCACCAAUCUCUCCUGGGAGAAGACCCUGUGGCUCUGGACUUCAAGCACGAAUUCCGCAGGAAAAGCAAAUCUGUUGAAGAAUCAGUAGACAUGGAUUCGCCUGAAAUCAGAGAACUAGAAAAGUUUGCCAACGAGUUCAAAUUGAGAAGAAUUAAGUUAGGAUACACCCAAACAAAUGUGGGAGAGGCCCUGGCAGCAGUGCAUGGCUCUGAAUUCAGCCAAACCACCAUUUGCCGAUUUGAAAAUCUCCAGCUCAGUUUUAAGAAUGCCUGUAAACUGAAAUCAAUAUUGUCCAAAUGGCUGGAUGAAGCAGAACAAGUUGGAGCUUUGUACAAUGAAAAAGUCGGGGCAAAUGAAAGGAAAAGAAAACGCCGAACUACCAUCAGUAUUGCUGCUAAAGAAGCCCUGGAGAGACAUUUUGGUGAACAAAGCAAACCAUCCUCUCAAGAAAUUAUGCGCAUGGCAGAUGGCCUGAAUCUCGAGAAAGAAGUAGUGCGAGUUUGGUUUUGCAACCGAAGACAGAGGGAAAAGAGAGUGAAAACAAGUUUACACCAGAACACCUUUACCUCUAUCACUAAGGAGCAUCAUGAAUGCCGGUGA